AGGCCUCGACAGAGCUGGAAAGAGAGGAAAGGAAGGACGCCCCGAAAUGCCCCUCAUCAAGUCCCUCGGCUCAGCAGGUCUUUUCGUCGUCGUUGGGCUCAGCGUCUCUCUCACCGCAUUGCGUAUAGGACAGACUGUAGUCCAUCUCACGACGCACGAUGUCGACCCCGAACCAACCUACAGCUGGAUCGGAAACGACAGACCUUCGUCAUGGGAUCUCAAUCAACGCUCGACACCUCCCGUCCUACUUACCCUCUCCGACUCAACGCAUUACGCGCUAAAUAACACGCCGCUCAUCUCUUCCCUCUCCUCUUCCCCGUCCUCCAACUCCCCGUCCAACUCCAACUCCACCACCCCGGUGCCUCAUGCCAACAACGACGACGACACACGCUCGCACCCGUCCCCCUACUCCUCCCUCCUCUCCAACGCCGAAUGGUCCGCCGCCGCCCUCGCACCCGGCAAAACAGGGCACGUCCGUCUCGGUCCAGACCAUCGCAUCUUCGCACUCACGCUCUCGCACCAGAAUCACUGUCUGAAGAUGAUACAGCGUGCGCUCCUUCCUUGGGUUGGUCCCACUCAACACGGUGCCGAACGUCCAACUCAAGGCGGCGGAGAUGGAGGAAGGGUGAUGAAUGAUGGGGAGGCGAAACCGCACCAUGUGAGACAUUGUUUUGAUUAUUUGAGGCAGACUUUACUUUGUUCUGCGGCGAGCACGGUCGAGAGGGGGGAUUUUAUGAAGAGUGCUGGACGUUACUUUGGAGAUGAUUCUCUAGCUAGGGAAGGGACAGACGGGGACGAUGGGGGGAGGAUGUGGAGGGGCGAUACGUUGGUGUGUGAGGAUUGGGAGAGCGUGUUUGGGGCGCUGGAUGGGAAUUUGGGGGAGUGGGAGGAGUGGAAGGCGAUGUGGAAUUGAAAGGUUCGUUCUCGUUCGGAAGGGUUAGAUUUCUGUUUGGAGGAGUUGAUUUGGCGAUGGUUGGCUGGUCGGUUGAUGGUCGUUGGGUUGUUGUAUCGAUUCUACAGUAUUUCAUGGGUUAUUGAGCAUUUUGUCUUCGC